GUUGGGCUGCCCCAGGGUAAGCAAGGUGCGUUUUUAAGCGAAUAACGUGCCGAAGAUAAGUGGUGAGAAAACUAAUAAAGAUCAUAUUAGCUGUUCAGGAUCUGUAAUUUCUCUUCCAAGGGCAACACCAAUAUGACUAAUUACAACAAAAGUACGGAUGUGGUAGCCAUGGAUGUCACCUCGCCAGAUCACUUAGUGUCCUUUGGCAAAAAGAGCGGCUGUUAUAUCAGCCGAUCUGUAGGUUGUUUGUUGGCCAUCAUCUUCAUGAGUGCCAUCGUGGCCACGGGACUUCUUGUGUACUUUUACGCUCCACCCCACAAGGUCGUCGAGACUCCGGUGAGGCAUACUGAGAAUAUUAAUGGUCGUCAGCCCUGCAGAAUAAUACCCACGUCAACUGUUGUUGUCUCAGCAAUAACAAGUACAGAAGCUUCUACCACCACAAUCACUACCUCUCCCACCACAGCCACUACAACAACCUCUCGCACCACAACCACUACAACAACCUCUCCCACCACAACAACCUCUCCCACCACAACAACCUCUCCCACCACAACAACCUCUCCCACUACAACAACAACCUCUCCCACUACAACAACCUCUCUUACCACCACCGUCUUCCCCAUCAUUACCGAUUCCUUCACUACCACCUAUUCUUUAGACACCAACAGUUCUUUCACUACCACCGAUUUUCUGACCACUACCGAUUCCUUCAACAUCAAUGAAUCCUUAACCACCACCGAUUCCUUCAACAUCACUGAGUCCUUAACCACCACCGAUGCCGACACCACCACCACCACCACAGAUCUUACUUCAGCCACCGCUACAACUACUACCGACAGCACCAUAACUCCUACUAAAGCCACUACCACAACUUCCACUGCCACCACCAACACUCCUACCACUGCCACUACCACAGCUGUUGCCACCACUAAAACCACGUCGGGUCAAUUAAAAGAAGACAUCAAUGUUCGUCUUCCGAGAGCACUGAAGCCCCUCCAUUACCUGGUCAAACUUCAGCCCUUCAUCAACGGCAACUUCAGCAUCUUGGGCUACGUGGAGGUGGAGAUGGAGGUGCUGGAGCCCACCCUCAAUAUCACCCUCCACAUCGCUGAUAUCAUCACCAAGAAUGAAACUGUCAUAUUAAUUGACAAGGACGACCAGGAGGGCGCUGCAGACUUAGUGAUCAAGAAGCAUGAAUAUGACAGUCAGAGAGAGUUCUACGUGGCCCACCUGGAGGAGGCGCUGCAGCAGGGCCACAAGUACGUCCUCUCUAUGGAGUUCACUGGGCUCCUCAACGAUAACCUUAGAGGUUUCUACAGGUCCACCUACAGAGACGCAGCUGGUAAUUUAAAGUUGUUGGCAGUGACACAGUUCCAGGCGACGGACGCGCGUCGAGCCUUCCCUUGCUUUGACGAGCCGGGACUGAAGGCUACCUUUGAGGUAUACCUGGCCAGGGAGGCGAACAUGACCACCAUUUCCAACAUGCCCAUAAACAACACUUUUCCUGUGGAAGGUCAGGAGGGAUGGUUGUGGGACGAGUACAAGAUCACUGUCCCCAUGUCUACUUACCUUCUCGCCUUUGUUAUAUCAGACUUCGCGCACAUGAAUGCCACUGACAUCAAACACAUUUUAUUCAGAGUAUGGGCUCGGGAGGAGGCCCUGACACAAGCACAGUAUGCACUGAGAGUCGGCCCUGCCAUUCUUACCCACUUCGAGGAUUACUUCAACCAAUCUUACCCGCUCCCCAAGCAGGACAUGAUCGCCAUCCCUGACUUCUCUGCAGGAGCCAUGGAGAACUGGGGCCUCAUAACCUACAGAGAAACAGCAAUGCUGUAUGACCCUGAUGAAUCUGACCUUAUCAACCAGUACCAAGUGGCCCUAGUAGUGGCCCACGAGUUGGCCCAUCAGUGGUUCGGCAACAUUGUCACGCCUAAGUGGUGGACCGACUUGUGGCUUAAUGAAGGCUUUGCUACUUUCGUCCAGUACAUUGGCUUGGACCAUGUUGAGCCUUCAUGGAAGGUGAAUGAGCUGUUCAUUAUUGAUAAACUACAGAGUGUGUUGACCCUGGACAGUCUGGAGUCUUCACACAAGAUAAGAAUCCCUGUCGAAAAUCCUAAUAUUAAUCAAAACUUUGACGCCAUCACUUACGACAAAGGCAGCGACACCAGUAUGGCCAGCUACAGCAAGAACAGGGAAAUGUUUGUCAAGUGGCCGCAACACUUCACCUUUAGAUGGUCUCUGACUAUCAUCAUCAGUACCAUCGUAGCUACGGGAAUCUUUGUCUACCACACUCCCCAUCAGAGGAUCGCAGGAACCCCGGUAGAGGCGCCGCAGAGAUUCAAACACCAUCGGUACCCUAGACAACUUCCCACACCAAUCUACGAAGCUGCUUCAACAACAACCACCAGAGAAACUCCCACCACCACGCCUGCUACUACAACUACCGCUUCUACUACACCUGUUGCUAUCGCCAACACAAUCACGUCAACCCUAAAGGAGGAAAAGAAGAAUAUACGUCUUCCUAGAGCACUGAAGCCCCUUCACUACCUGGUCAAACUUCAGCCCUUCAUCAAUGGCAACUUCAGUAUCUUGGGCUACGUGGAGGUGGAGAUGGAGGUGCUGGAGCCCACUCUCAACAUCACCCUCCACAUCGUUGAUAUCAUUACCAAGAAUGAAACAAUACGAUUAAUUGACAAGGACAACCAGGAGGGCGCUGCAGACUUAGUGAUCAAGAAGCAUGAAUAUGACAAUGAGAGAGAGUUCUACGUGGCCCACCUGGAGGAGGCGCUGCAGCAGGGCCACAAGUACAUCCUCUCUAUGGAGUUCACUGGGUUCCUCAACGAUAAUCUCAGAGGUUUCUACAGGUCCACCUACAGAGACGCAGCUGGUAAUUUAAAGUUUUUGGCAGUGACACAGUUCCAAGCCACAGAUGCGCGUCGAGCCUUCCCAUGCUUUGAUGAGCCAGGACUGAAGGCCACCUUUGAGGUGUACUUGGCCAGGGAGGCGAAUAUGACCUCCAUCUCCAACAUGCCUAUAAACAACACUUUUCCUGUGGAGGGUCAGGAGGGGUGGUUGUGGGACCAGUUCCAGGUCUCCGUCCCCAUGUCCACUUACCUUGUCGCCUUCGUUGUGUCGGACUUCGCGCACCUUAAUGCCACUGACAUCGACCACAUCCAAUUCAGAGUAUGGGCUCGGGAGGAGGCCCUGACACAAGCACAGUAUGCACUGAGAGUCGGUCCUGCCAUUCUUACUCACUUCGAGGAUUACUUCAAUCAACCUUACCCGCUUCCCAAGCAGGACAUGAUCGCUAUCCCUGACUUCUCUGCGGGAGCCAUGGAGAACUGGGGCCUCAUAACCUACAGGGAGACAACAUUAUUGUACGACCCUGAUGAAUCAUCUCCAUCUAACCAGUACGGAGUGGCCCUAACAGUGGCCCACGAGUUGGCCCAUCAGUGGUUCGGCAACAUUGUCACACCCAAGUGGUGGACCGACCUGUGGCUCAACGAAGGUUUUGCUGCCUUCGUUCAGUACAUCGGCAUGGACCACAUUGAGCCUUCAUGGAAAGUGAUCGAAUUAUUCGUCAUUAACAAACUGCAGAGUGUUCUCACCUUGGACAGUCUGGAGGCCUCACACAAGAUAAGCGUUCGUGUAGGCCAUCCUUCUGAGAUUAGUCAAAUCUUUGAUGGUAUCUCCUAUAACAAAGGAGCUUCCAUCAUCCGCAUGAUGAACCACUUCCUGACGGAGGACACUUUCAGAAAGGGGCUGAGCACCUAUCUCAAUACUUUCAAGUAUGGGAACGCUGAACAAGAUGAUCUGUGGGAACACCUUACACAGGCGGCUCACCAGGACGGCACGUUGCCCCUCGAUCUCACUGUCAAGACCAUCAUGGACACCUGGACCUUGCAGAUGGGUUACCCUGUCAUCACAGUGGAGAGAAGUCCAGACGGUACUUCCGCUUCUGUCUCUCAGGAGCGUUUCUUGAUGGUUGCGAAGCCAAAUUCUAAUAACUCUGAGGAGUAUAAGUGGUGGGUGCCACUGACCUACACAGGUGGAGACGAUCCCAACUUUAACGAGACUCGGGCCAAGGUCUGGAUGAAGGAUACGGAGACACUCAUCACCAUCCAGUCCCUGCCCACCAAGGACCACUGGGUCAUCUUCAACCUACAGGAGACGGGUUUCUACAGAGUUAACUACGACAACCACAACUGGAACUUGCUCAUCCAGCAGCUACUGACGGACCACACGGUCAUCACUACCAUCAACAGAGCUCAAAUCAUCGACGACGCCAUGAACCUUGCUCGAGCAGGUCAGGUGAGCUAUGGGGUGGCCCUGGGCCUGUACAGUUACAUGGUCAAUGAGACUGAGUAUGUGCCCUGGAGGGCAGCCAUCAACAACCUGGCCUACCUUACCAGCAUGUUCCAACGUACAGGUGCCUACGGUGGUCUACAGAACUACAUGCUGAAGAUGGUGGUGCAGUUAUACGACACAUUAGGGCUGGACAACAGUGUGAAUGACCACCUGUUGGAACAAUACAAGCGCACUAUGGCUGUCAGCUGGGCCUGCUCACUCCGCCACAAGCAAUGUCUGGACAAUGUACUCUCUCUCUACCGACAAUGGAUGACCAACCCAGACAACAAUACGAUCAUCUCACCAAGCCUCAAGUCGGUGGUGUACUGCCAUGCGCUAGCAGCGGGCGAAACAGAGGAGUGGGUGUUUGCUUGGAAUCAGUACCUCAAGAGUAACUUAGCCAAUGAGAAACGUACACUCCUCAGAGCUAUGGGCUGUACCAGGCACCUGUGGCUCCUCUCCAGAUAUUUGGAGAUGGCCUUCGACCCCAACAGUGGCAUCAGGAGGCAAGAUUCGAAGCUUGUCUUCGCAUCAGUAGCAUAUAAUGAUGUUGGCCGCCCCCUAGCCUGGACCUUCCUCAGAGACAAUUUUAAGAUGAUCUAUAACUAUUUUGGCUCGAGAGCACCGUCUUCUCUCAUCACCUCCGCAACCCAUGGCUUCAAUACCAGGCAGCAUCUCAAGGAGGUGAUGACCUUCGUGGACGAAUAUCGCACGGACCUCAAGUCUGCUUCUAGAAAGGUGGAGCAGAAAAUAGAGACCAUCAAGAAUAACAUCAACUGGAUGGAUGCCAACUACAUGACUAUAAAUCAGUGGCUGGAGCAGAAUGGCUACAGCGUCAAGUUACAGAACGUCUGGAAUAACAAUACUUUAAGCAUUUAAGUCCGCAAGAAGCAGCAGCAGCGUUUGGGGUCAAUGCUAAUAUUACGUGGUAUAUAUAUAUAAUAUUAGUUUAUAUAUAAUAUGGAGGCAGUGGAGAUGUCAUGUCUGAGGGCAAUGCGUGGUCUGAAUAUAAUGCAGAGAAUUCACAGUUUAGAAAUUAGGAGAAGGUGUGGGAUUACCAAAACUAUUAUCCAGAGGGCUGAGGAGGGGUUGUUGAGGUGGUUCGGACAUGUAGAGAGAAUGGAACAAAACAGAAUGACGUCGAGUGUAUAAAUCUGUAGCGGAGGGAAGGCGGGGAAGGGGUCGGCCUAGGAAGGGCUGGAGGGAGGGGGUAAAGGAGGUUUUGUGUGCGAGGGGCUUGGACUUCCAGCAGGCGUGCGUGAGCGUAUUUGAUAGGAGUGAAUGGAGACAAAUGGUUUUUAAUACUUGUCGUGCUGUUGGAGUGUGAGCAAAGUAACAUUUAUGAAGGGAUUCAGGGAAACCGGCAGGCCGGACUUGAGUCCUGGAGAUGGGAAGUACAGUGUCUGCAUCCUGAAGGAGGGGUGGUUGAUUGAUUGUAAUCAAGAGGGAAGCGCUAAAGCCGUAGGAUUAUACAGCGCCUGUGGGAGGGAUGGAAGGUAUUCAGACUUAAUUCUGGGAACUGGAGCUAAGUUCCAGUUUCCUAGAUCAAGAGCCCUUCACCAGCGUCAAGGAACCUCCCUUGAAGGGAAGGAGGGGUGGUAAUGUUGCAGUUUUGUAACUGUAGUGUAAAGCACCCCUCUGUCAAGAUAGUGAUGGAGUGAAUGAUGAAAGUUUUUCUUUUUCUGGCCACCCUGCCUUGGUAGGGAUCGGCCGACGUGUUAAUAAAUAAAAUAAUAAAUGUAUUCUAAUUGACCAAUUUUAUCUACUCGUCAUAUAUAUAUACCUCGCAUGGGCCGGUAGGCGUGCUGCACUGUUCCUUCUUUCUUACGUUCUUAAGGCAGCCAGGGGUCUAUUUAAGAUAUUUUUCAUUUAUGUUAAUGUAAAAAUUAAUUUUGUACAAAAAAAUUAGAACAAUUACCAAACCUUAUUAUAACAAGCGCAAUUUAAAUAAAGU